AUGUCUGCGAACACAACUAAUGAUUUCAUCAUGCUUGGUUUUUCUAAUCUGCCACAGUAUGAGAUCUUUCUCUUUUGGGUAUUUCUGGCCAUGCACUUGGUCACACUUUCGGGACACUUGACUAUUGUGGUGGUAACUUUGGUUGAGCCCACCCUCCACACACCAAUGUACUUCUUUCUGCGGAACCUCUCCUCCAUUGAGAUCUGCUACACUUUGGUCAUUGUGCCCAAGAUGUUGGCCAACUUCUUGGCCAAGAGUCGCAAGGUGUCGUUGCCUGAAUGUGCAGUGCAAAUGUAUUUCUUCAUUGCUUUGGGCACCACAGAAUGUUUCCUGCUGGCUGUGAUGGCCUAUGACAGAUAUGUAGCCAUAUGCAACCCACUGCGCUAUACCCUGAUCAUGAGCCGAACACUAUGCCUCCAGCUUCUGGUGGUGGUCUCUGCCUGUGGUUUUGUUCUCUCACUGGGACUCACUGCACUGAUAUUUAGGCUACCUUUCUGCAAUUCCCAUGAAAUCAACCACUUCUUCUGUGACAUCCCACCUGUGUUGUUCCUGGCAUGUAGUGAUACCCACACUGAUGAGGUUUUGGUCUUUGUUGCAUGCUUGAUGGCUCUUCUGAUUCCUUUCCUCUUGAUCCUCACCUCGUAUGUGUUCAUUGCCAAUUCCAUCCUGAAGAUCAAAUGCUCCCAAGGCAGGCAAAAGGCCUUCUCCACCUGUGCUGCUCACCUGGUUGUGGCUGUGCUCCACUAUGGCUGUGCCAUUUUCAUCUACAUCCGGCCAAAGGCCAACUACUCUCUAGAGCAGGACAAAGUGGUUUCCUUGAUCUAUACCAAUGUGACUCCCAUGCUGUACCCCAUGAUCUACAGCCUCCGGAACAAAGAAGUUAAGGGAGCUUUGAGGAAGGUCAUGGGAAGAAAGGUCUCAUUUCAUGUAAGCUUUUGA